AUGACUCCAAGAAUGGUUGCCGGUUUUCGAAGAUCUCUUUCUUUCAACUAUCCAAAUCAUUCAAACAAGCCAAACAAAAAAGCUUUUCACGUUCGAUCCACUAGUCUUCCAUGUGAUCGAUCCCAUCCUUUAAUUUCUCAGCUCAAGGAUGGGCUCAACGAGCUCAAAACAUGGGCUUCCAAGCCCGAAGCCCGCACCUCUGCAUGGCUCUGCGAUGGCUUAACACAACUCAAAAUCGUUCACGAAUCCCUCGACGAUCUCCUCCAACUUCCUCAAACCCGUGAGUCUCUCCAUAACCACUCCGAACUCGUUGAGAAGCUUCUAGAAGACUUCCUUCGAUUCGUCGAUGUUUAUGGGAUUUUCCGGACUUUAAUUCUCACAUUCAAGGAAGAACAUUCGGCUGCACAAGUUGCUUUAAGACGCAAAGAUGAAUCCAAGAUUGUUUCCUACGUUAAAGCUCUAAGAAAAUUAGCAAAAGAAAUGGACAAACUCAUGUCCAACGUGCAAUAUUGUAUAGGAAAAUAUGUCCUUGUCCUACCCCAACAAUAUUCUAUAGAAGAUACAGAGCUAGUCGAAAUAUUGAAAGACGUUUUAGAAGUGACUGUAUUAGUUUCUGUUGAGCUUUUUAAUGGGCUUUCUGUGUCAAUGUCAUUGCCAAAAUCAUCUUGUUCUUGGUCGGCAAAGAAAACGAAGAAAGUGAAAUUGGAUGAAGGGAUUGAAGAGUUUUCAAAAAUGAGCUUGUUGAGAAAGAAAAUAGAAAGUGAAGAGCUGAAGAUGGUUUCUAAAAAAAUGCAUGAAUUGGAAGAUUGCAUUUGUGAGAUUGAAAUUUGUGGGCAGAAAGUGUUUAGGAGUUUAAUUAACGCUAGGGUUUCAUUGCUCAAUGUAUACACACAGUAG